UUUCAAAUUACUGUAGCCUUCGUAUCUACUACUUUCUUUUAAUAAAUAAUCGGCGCAGUAAUGGAUUUCAUUUCAUUAUUCCAUCAGUAGUGGUGAAGUGUACACGAGUUUCAUGAGAAACACAGAAAAAUGAGUCUUCCUUCAGAACGAACUAGAUUGCUUCCAAGAGUCAAUCGACCAGAUUACGUUUUUGAUGUUACCAUAAACAGUACUCGUAAAAAACGCGUUAAACAAUUUCAAUAUUGUAUGUAUGCACUAUUAUUGUGUAUCAUAGUGGUAGCUUUAGUGGCAACAAUUUCGAUCAGUAUAAAUGCCCCUGAAGACACAAACUCAGCAUUAAAUAACACUGAAACAGAUAUGCCGGUAUUUCUAAUGUUCACCAGUUCUUUACCGAUACCAGACGUGGAUUACAAAAACUGUACAACCAGUAGCAACGCCAUAUUGAAGGAAAGCAUCCAAAUUGGAAAACAAGCUCUAAAAGACAGACAAGAAGUUGAGAAAAUUAUUCCAUCCGUACCGGUGCUCAGUCCUAGUUAUCGCCAUCAAAAAAUUGUUGCCACUUCUGCCAAAGCCAGAAAUUUAUCACACAUUGGAUAUAUUAAAGAAUUUGCCACUAAACAUUUCCACAGACGUGAACGAGUUUGCAAUGGUUCUACUCCAAUAUUUAAGGAAUUUUGCGAAAAUAAAACAAUAGAAUGCAAUGUUUUUCAAAAAUUUAGAACUUAUAAUGGUUCUUGUAAUAAUCUAAAACGUCCUGGAUAUCACGGAGUCUCUUACAGACCCUUUAGAAGGUCUCUACCACCAGAUUACGCUGACGGCAUAAGCAAACCUAGAGCAAGUAAAAAUGGCACGCCGUUGCCAUCAGCAAGAACAGUAAGCCUAGAGGUUCAUCGGCCUUAUCAAAAAGCUGACACAAAAUUCACGGUAAUGUUGGCAGCUUGGGGCCAAUUCUUAGACCAUGAUAUGACUGCUACAGCGUUAAGUCAAAAAGUAGAUGGUGGUACAAUCUCUUGUUGUAGUACUGAGUCUUUCACCCACCCAGAAUGUUUUCCCGUUGAACUGGACUCUUCCGAUCCCUUCGUCAAGUACAACUUGACGUGUAUGGAGUUUGUACGAUCGGCUCCAGCGCCUACUUGCUGUUUGGGACCUAGGGAGCAACUCAACCAAGUCACUUCAUUUAUUGACGGUUCCGUAAUAUACGGGGCUGAUGAGGAACUGGCGGAAAAAUUAAGAACCUUCGUGAACGGUACGUUAAGAAUGUUUGUUACUGAGGAUGAACGCGCUUUAUUACCUGUUUCGGAAGAUCCGUCAGAUGGAUGCAACAGGGAAGAGGAAGAAAUGAAAGGCAGAUACUGUUUUUUGACAGGAGACGCUCGAGCUAACGAAAAUUUGCAUUUAACAAGUAUGCACUUGCUGUGGGCGAGGCAGCACAACUUGCUAGCUUCAAAUUUGUCUCGAAUAAAUCCUCAUUGGGACGACGAGAGAAUUUUUCAAGAAGCAAGGAGAAUAGUUGGUGCUCAAAUGCAACAUAUUACCUACAACGAAUUUUUACCUGCAUUACUAGGAAAAAACAUAAUGAACAAAUUCGAUUUGUCGCCUCAAACUCGCGGUUAUUUUCGAAAGUAUAACGAAAGUAUCAACCCUAGUAUAGCUAACAAUUUUGCUACUGCUGCUUUUCGUUUUGCUCACUCGAUAAUCCCAGGGUUAAUGAAAUUUUUAGCAAAUGAUACUUCUAGUCCAGAGUAUAUACAAAUGCACAAAAUGCUGUUCGAUCCUUUCAAAUUAUAUGAACCUGGAGAAUUUGACAGAACUUUAAGGGGAGCGAUGAAUACUUCUAUAGAAGCUAGUGAUUCUUAUUUUACUAAUGAAUUAAAAUCUCACCUUUUCGAAAGAACUUCUGAAGCGCCGAAACGAUGUGGUUUAGAUCUGGUAUCUCUGAACAUUCAAAGAGGAAGAGAUCAUGGAUUACCAGGUUAUAGUAAAUGGAGAAAACACUGUGGUUUAAAUGAACCAACAAAGUUCGAUGACCUUGAGAAUGCCGUGGACGGUGAAGCUUUACGAAACAUUAAAGCAGUAUAUAAGAAUGUUGACGACAUAGAUUUGUAUACAGGGGCCUUAAGUGAAAGACCCAUAAAAGAAAGUGUGCUAGGUCCAACUUUAACUUGUCUGAUUCUAGAUCAGUUUAUCAGAGUAAAGCAAGGUGAUAGAUUUUGGUACGAAAACUUCCAAAAUCCUCAGGCUUUCACACUACAACAACUAGAUGAGAUCAGAAAAACGUCUCUGGCCAAUAUUAUAUGUGAUAAUGCAGAUACUUUGGAAGUUGUACAACCGGAAGUUAUGAGGAGGUUAGAUUUGAAGAACAAGUAUGUCCCUUGUUCGGCGGUAGCAAGGCCAAAUAUAGCUUUAUGGAAAGAGAAAUUGGAAAGUCUGGAAAUGAACGGUGAUAAUUCUAUAAAAAUUUCGACUGUCAGUCUUUAAGA